GGGGCCGGGAGGAAGCCGAUUCCCGUGCUGUGGAACUGAGGAGAACAAAGCUGCAGGAAAAUGGACAGUGAGGUACAACGGGAUGGAAGGAUCCUGGAUUUGAUUGAUGACGCUUGGCGGGAAGACAAGCUGCCAUACCAGGAUGUUGCCAUCCCACUGAGUGAGCUUCCAGAGCCUGAGCAGGACAACGGCGGCACCACAGAGUCUGUGAAAGAACAGGAGAUGAAGUGGACAGACCUGGCCUUGCAGUGCCUCCAUGAGAACGUCCCACCCGCUGGAAACUGACACUGGGUUCCUCUCCGUUGGGGGGAGUUUUCAAAAAUACGUAGAUACAGCAUGUUUCUUCUCUGUCUCCGAAUUCAGAUCUUUGCAUAAUAAACACUCAAAAA